AGCCCCCUGCCGGGUAGCCACACACACCUGUUGCCUGGCUUGGGCACAGGUAUAAGGGCCAUGAGCCCAGGCUGCCAGGGACCAGCACCCUGUGGCCAUGAGGCUCGAGCAGGCCCCGGACGGCGAGGCAGCCCCGGAGGGCAGCAAGAAGGGGCCAGUGGAGAGCCCUGAGGAGCCCCCAGCCGGCCAUCAGCGGGAGCCCCUUGCUUACAGCCCACUGCUGCCUGAGACUAACAGUCACUGUAGCACCGCCUGCUGCUUACUGGGGCGCACUCUCGUCCCGCUGCCCGGAAUGCCUGCUGCAAGCCCUCUCCUUGCCAAGAUGGGUGAGAGCAGUGCGCCUUCCCACCAAGCCUGAGCGUGCCUGGCAGAGGUGUGGUCAUGGAGGGCUACUCGGGCACAGCACCGUCCAUCACCCCCAAUGGCACGCUGGUGGGGGCGGGCCCAGCGGCCAACCACACGGACGGCCUCCAGGAGCACCAGCAGUACGUGGUGGGCCUCUUCCUGUCCUGCCUGUACACCGUCUUCCUCUUCCCCAUUGGCUUUGUGGGCAACAUCCUGAUCCUGGUGGUCAACCUCAGCUACCGCGAGAAGAUGACCAUCCCCGACCUGUACUUCAUCAACCUGGCGGCCGCCGACCUCAUCCUGGUAGCCGACUCCCUCAUCGAGGUCUUCAACCUGGACGAGCACUACUACGACAUCAGCGUGCUCUGCACCUUCAUGUCGCUCUUCCUGCAGAUCAACAUGUACAGCAGCAUCUUCUUCCUCACCUGGAUGAGCUUCGACCGCUACGUGGCGCUGGCGCGGGCCAUGCGCGCCAGCCUCUUCCGCACCAAGCAGCACGCCCGCCUCAGCUGCGGCCUCAUCUGGCUGGCCUCGGCCUCGGCCACGCUGGUGCCCUUCACGGCCGUGCACCUGCAGCACUCCAGGGACGCUUGCUUCUGCUUCGCCGACGUGCGCGAGGUCCAGUGGCUGGAGGUCAUCCUAGGCUUCAUCCUGCCUCUGGCCGUCAUCGGCCUGUGCUACUCGCUCAUCGCGCGUGUGCUGCUAGGCGAGCACCGGCACCGCGGCCUGCGGCCCCGGCGGCAGAAGGCGCUGCGCAUGAUCCUGGCUGUGGUGCUGGUCUUCUUUGUCUGCUGGCUGCCAGAGAACGUCUUCAUCAGCGUGCACCUGCUGCAGCGCCCACGGCCCGGGGCGUCCUACUGCAAGCAGGCCUUCCGCCACGCCUACCCGCUCACCGGCCACAUCGUCAACCUGGCGGCCUUCUCCAACAGCUGCCUGAACCCCCUCAUCUACAGCUUUCUCGGGGAGACCUUCCGGGACAAGCUGCGGCUGUACGUCGAGCAGAAGACCCGCACGCUGGCGCUGCACCGCUUCUGCCACGCUGCGCUCAAGGCUGUGCUGCCCGACAGCGCCGAGCCAUCCGACGCCAAGCUCAGCAGCGCCGUGUGAGGCCGGCUCUGCAUGUCUGCCUGGUGAGAGGGCCCACCGAGGGCGUCCGCACAAGGGGCGCCCCUCAGUGGUGCAUGCAGUGCUGGCUGGCCAGGGCACCAGGAGGGGCCUCUAAGGGGGACCCACCAGGACCUGCCACCCCAGGGGUGCCCCGGUUUGCGUGCACGCUGACGAGUUUAGAGACAAUUAAAGUGUAGGGAGCAACCA